AUGUCCUUCGCCGAUCUCAGCAAAACUCAGCGCCAUGAAUUUGUCGCCUCUCUUGCUGUCUUGGCUCUCUAUGAUGCUGGAGUUGAAAUCACGGCUGAUGCUCUGACCAAGACCUUCCAGGCUUCAGGUAACGACGUGCCUGCAUACGUGGCACCGCUGUUUGCGGACCUGUUGGGCCGAGGCCUGGACGUUGAGAAGUUCCUUGCUGGUCCUUCGGCUGGUGCUGCCAUUGCUUCUGGUGCUGCCCCGGCUGAAGCCGUUACUGCUAAGGUAGAAGAGAAGGCCGCUGAAGAAGAAGAGGAAGCUGAUUUGGGUGGUGGCAUGGAUAUGUUUGGUGGAGACGAGGACUACUAA